AUGGCGCAACAGAUACUAAACAAGAAGGAUCGUGACGCUGUUGGAAGGACAGUCCUGUUUAAUUGGCAGCACACUCUCUUCACCACUGCAGUUGCCACCCUUCUGGCUGGCUUCCUGGCUGUGAUCUUCACCUGGUACACUCCAGCCAGCCCUCCAUCUCUGGCAUCUCCCUCUGUGCCGUCCCCCGAGCCUGAGAGCACCACCAUGUCACCGCUGGUCAGCGUGGAGUUCGAGGUGUUCGGACGCGUGCAGGGCGUCUUUUUCCGCAAGUACACGCAGCGCACUGCACGUGACCUGGGACUGGUUGGCUGGUGUCUCAACACGCGCCACGACACCGUGCAAGGUCACGUGCAGGGCCCCGCCGACGCCGUGGCGCGGAUGAAGCGCUGGCUGAGUGAGAAGGGCAGCCCGCAGUCCAAGAUCGACCGGUGCGAGUUCCACAACGAGCACAACGUGGCCGAGCUGGCCUACAAGGAGUUCGCUGUCAGACAUUGA